UCUGACUGGUGGAAUGAACUCCUCACGGUGGUGGACACUACCUUGGCAAUACUCCAUGGAGCAGGUCUCCCCCUUAUGAUGAUCGUCUUUGGUGACACAACAGAUAGCUUUAUUACUUCAGAAAGCAUUACUUAUCCAGUGAACUUUUCUAUAGAAGGUUUUUCUUGUGCUCUGAUGGGAAUGUUGCCAGAAGAAAUGAUCAGAUAUGCAUAUCAUUGUUCUGGAAUAGGAGCUGGCAUUCUUUUUGCUGCCUACUUUCAAGUUUCAUUUUGGACACUGGUUGCUGGCUGGCAAAUAAAAAGAAUCAUCCAAGAGUUUUUUCAUGCUGUAAUGAGACAGGAGAUUGGAUGGUUAGAUGUAAAUGAAGCAGGCAAACUCAACACCAGACUUGUGGAUGAUAACUCCAAGAUUAAUGAAGGAAUAGGGGGGGAAAUGGCUAUGUUCUUUCAGGUAGUGGCUACAUUUUUCACUGCAUUUAUAGUUGGUUUUACAAAAGGGUGGGAAUUAACACUUGUGAUCCUAGGACUUAGUCCUGUUCUGAGAUUCUCUUCAGCUCUCUGGGCAAAGAUAAAUUCUGCAUUCCCCAACAAAGAGCUAACUGCAUAUGCAAGAGCAGGAGAUGUUGCAGCAGAAGUUCUGGCAGUAAUUUGAACUGUGGUGAAACUUGGAGGACAGCAAAAAGAAAUCGAAAGCUGCCACUGCUCCCCGGCUCAGGCGGCUAAAAGAAGCCCUUUGGGUACCUACACCUGGAUUCCCAGUUCUCUUUUGGUCUUUUUUUCUGUAUCCCUUGGAGCUUUUGGUGUUGGACAGACUGCACCAAGUUUGGAGGCAUUUGCCAAUGCAAGAGCAACUGCCUGUGCAAUCUUUAGUAUUAUAGACAUUGAACCUCAAAUAGACAGUGCGUCCAGUGCUGGCUAUAAACCGAACUGCGUUAAGGGGAAUUUGGAAUUCCAAAAUGUUUACUUGAAUUAUUCUACUAGGCCAGAUAUUAAGAAGUUUGAAACUGUGGUUGGAGAAAGAGGGGCACAGCUGAGUGGAGGCCAGAAGCAAAGAAUAGCAAUUGCCCGAGCUCUGGUUCGCAAUCCUAAAAUUCUUCUGCUUGAUGAGGCAACAUCAGCUUUGGACACUGAUUUCAGCAAGAUUUGCAAUGCUGAUCUUACAGCUGCCCUUGAAAAUGGUGUCAUCACAGAACAAGGGACUCAUAAUGAAUUAAUAGAACAGAACAGAAUUUACUAUAAGCUUGUUAAUAUGCAGGUUUUCACAUUUGGCAAAACUGGAGAAACCCUUACAAUGAGGCUUCAAUCCAUGGCAUUUAGAGCAAUUCUGAGACAGAUAAAAGAGAUCAGCUGGUUUGAUGAUCCUAAACACAGCACUGGAGCAUUAAUUACAAGACUUGCUAAUGAUGCCUCACAAGUGAAAGGAGCUACAGGUUCCAGACUGGCACUAAUUGCCCAAAACAUAGCUAAUCUUGGGACUGGGAUUGUUUUCUCAUCGGUCCAUGGCUGGCAGCUGACCCUUCUGCGUUUAGCCUUUGGGCCAAUUAUUGCUCUAUCAGGAAUGAUUCAAAUGAAGAUGCUUGCUGGACAUGCAAGAAAAGAAAAGGAGGACCUGGGAAUGGCAGGAAAGAUUACUUCAGAAACAGUAGAAAAUACUCAAACCGUUGUUAUUUUGUCUCAGGAAAGCAAAUUUGAACUUAUGUACACAAAAAGUUUGCAGGCAUCAUAUAGAAAUUCUGUAAAGAAGGCAGAUAUCUUUGGAUUUACUUUUGCCUUUACACAGGCUAUCACAUACUUUACCUACACUGGGUGGCUUAGGUUUGGUGCCUAUCUAGUGAGAAACAAACAUACGUGGUUUAAAUAUGUGCUUUUAGUUUUUUCAGCUGUUGUAUUUACUGCAGUGGCAUUAGGACAAAGCACUCCUUUCACUCCAGACUCUGCCAAAUCCAAAAUGUCAGCUGCCCACUUGUUCAUGCUGUGAAGAGUACCUGCCAUCGAUAGCUACAACAAGGAAGGAGAGAACCCCAUAAGUAAGCACAGUAAAAUAUUUGGUGGAAAAGUAACAUUCAACAAUGUGGCAUUUAACUACCCAACCCAUCCAGAGACCAAAGUGCUCCGAAGUUUGAACAAGAAUGUAGAAAAAGGGCAAACUCUGGCUCUUGUUGGUAGCAGUGGCUGUGGAAAGAGUAUUGUGGAGCUGCUUGAGAGAUUUUAUAAUCCACUCAGUGGAGAAAUUCUCCUGGAUGGCCAAAAUGCAGAGACAGCAAACAUCCAGUGGCUGAGAGCUCAGACUGGUAUCAUCUCACAAGAAUCAGUGCUGUUUGACUGCACCAUUGCUGAAAGCAUCGCAUGUGGGGCUAACAGCUGGAAGGCACUGCAUGAGAUCACCAGUGCAGCAAAAGCAGCCGAUAUUCGGUCCUUUGUUGAAUCACUACCAAAGAAAUAGAGCACACAUGUGGGAGGCAAAGGAACCCAGCUCCCUGAAGGCACUGCUAUUGCCCAAGCUCUGGUACAGCAGCCCGGAAUCCUCCUGUUAGGUGAAGCUGCCUCUGCCCUGGAUACAGAAAGGGAAAAGCUACCUUGGCUUUGCAAACGGGAAUGGGGGUUUGCAAGUUGGCUGGUUGUGCCAUGGCUGUGA